GUGUCAGCUGGCCACAUGGGUGGAGGUGGUAGCUGGCAAAGUCGGCGCAAAGGGGAGGGGGGCAUUGUUAACAAUACAUUAAGUUGAUAACUAUGCUUGUAGAGGAUUGCCAUACGUAAUGUCUCAACGAACCAAGGUUAUCGACUUGUACAAAACGCUGCUGCACUUGGGACGAGAAUACCCCAAGGGCUACGACUUUUUUCGAAUUAGACUCAAAAAGGUCUUUCAAAAAAAUGGGAACGAAACCGACCCAGAGAAAAUUGAAAAAAUGCUUGCCCAUGGCAAUUUUGUCAUUAAGGAACUGGAAGCAUUGUAUAUGCUUCGAAAGUAUAGGACUCUAAAGAAAAGAUACUACGAUCAGUAGUUUAAUGAAUGAUCGUAAGGGCUGUGUUGUAAAUGUAUAUUUUUCGUACAUUGAAAAUAUUUAUGUAUACUGAAUGCCGUUCUUAGUCGUUUUUAUAGUUAAAAAUAAUUUGUAUACUGUGUAAAUAUGUUCUCCAAAAGUUAAAUAAAUUGGUUUGAGAGUUA